AACAAUGGCCACAUUGAGCAUGGAAAGUUGACAUUGUGUAAUAAAAACAUAAAUUUACCUAAAAUAAAUUAAAAGUUUAAAAUAUUAUCAUUUUUCUUACAAAAAAUAAAUCAAAAUCUAUUUAAAAUAUUUAUAUGGCAGAAAAAUUUCAGUAACUGGACUUUUUGGUGAUGUCAAAUAAAUGAUGGCAAGAGCGUCAAUGUCAACACAAGAUCCAGUAUCAUCAUACAUGGAUGGUGUCAAUGUAAAAAUAGCAGAAGCGUAUAAGCCACCUAGGAAAGUUACACUUCCAGCAGCUUACAAUAAUAAAUUUCCUGACAUCGAUCGUUAUAAUUACGAUUUCAGCCUAGAGAAAUCUAUUUUAGAGAAGUUAGAGGAAUGGCGGAAAGUAAGAAAAGAAAACAACGAAGCACGUAAGCAGCGUAUGGAGGAAAGAAAAAAACGUGAGCAAGAAGAAGAAGAUUUAAAUAAAAGCAAUUCAUCUUCAUCACCAGAUGCACUUCCACUGCCAGUUAAAGUUGCUCCAGCCCCUAAAACGACAAUACUUACUCCCCAGCCGCUGUCACCACCGGGUGAUCUCCAUGAUAUUGAUCUUAAUGUCAAGUCAAAUGGGCUAGACUACGCGGAUUUUGAUAAUGACACGUCUAGUCCGUUUGAUAACAUGGAAUUAAAAACAAUAAAUGAUAUGGAAGAGCUUGCACAAGUUUUGCAACCAUCGCAGUGGGCACCGCCAGCGAGGAUUGAAAAUAUACUUAAAGAAUUAACUUUAGAAAAUAAAAUAAAUGAAAGUGAUAAUGAUGAUAAAGAUACGGGUGUUGUAAAUAAAAUAGAUGAUCGGAAUGAUAAUAAUAAUCAUUUUGAAUCUAAGCGCCGGAAUAUUUCAAUAAUUGUUGAAGAACUUCAGCGUGAACUAGAGCGCCCGCAUAUGGAAAACUGGAAACCGUGGCCAGAUCUAGAAAGCCCGGAAUGUAUUUCCAACACAAACACCAAAGAUUUAUGCAGCAAUACAGAUGAAUCAGUGAAAAUAACAAACGUACUGGAGAGUUUAUCGUCGGAGGAGGAUAAAAAAUUAGCUAAACAUUUAAGUGACAUGGGAUUUCCUUUGUCGCGUGCUGCCCGGGCGAUCGGUGAUCUAGGUGGUAAGGAUAAUAAGAAAGUUGUUGAAUAUUUAUUAGCCGUCCAAUGGUUAGAGGAAUUAGGAUUACCCGGUGAUGAUGCUGAGAAAGCGCUGGCGCUUAAUGAUUAUGAUCAAGAGAGAGCGAAAAAGUAUCACGAUAAUUUGUGUACUCUCAAAGAUCUUGGAUUUUCUGAGGACGAGGCUUCUAAAGCUCUGCUCAAGUUUAAUACUGACCGCGAUAAAGCUCUAGAUUAUUUGUGUGCGUAGCUAUUUAUUAUACUUAUAUUUUUAUUCAAACAAUUAAACGGUCUAAAGUCAUUAUAUUUGUGCAUUAGCACUGAUUUUAAAAUUAAACAGCUUUAAUGCUACUCUAACUUGUCUACAGAGAUUAAACACGGUCAUAUUGUACGAGACCAAUUAAUGCUAAUUGCGAUAUUUAGUAUUUUUAAUUAUUUAAUUAAUUAAAUAAUAUAUAAAUUAAUAGACGUCUGUUUAAUUAUUAAUUGAGUAGUUACUAAAGGCUGAUUAAUUGUUUUAAAUUUG